AUGGCCACCCGCACCCUAACCCGCAGCGCCCUGCACACCCGCCUCACCACCACCACCGCCCCCACCGCAGCCCUCCGACGCCUCUCCCUCCGACACGCGGCCCUCCCGCUGGGACUGGGCCUCACCACAGGGCUGGUGGCAGUGCACCAGCAGCGGCCGAUGCGGUUCGACAGUGCCGCGGUACUGACCCCCCAGGCGCGGGCGUACUCGAGUAAGGGGGACCGGGACCGGAAGGAGUUGCUGGAUGGGGAGACGGUGAAGCAGUUGUCGGGGGGAAGUCUUUCGGGUAUGGAUCCCCCUGUGUUGGAGGGAGUAUGUGUGAUGAGUGGGUGGAUGUGUGCUAAUGCGAGUGGUGUUUGGGGGAGUAGGGUUCGUUGCGGGGAUGUUGGUGAGCGUGUUCUCCAAGACGCUGGUGCUGCUGGCGGGGAUCGGGAUGGUGCUUAUCCAGACAUCGUCUCGUACCUCAAGCUCAAGGAGCGGGCCAGCACGUCACGCAUCGUGGCGCUGCUGAACCAGCACACGGCCUUCAAGUUUUCCUUCGCCAUCGCGUUUGCCCUCUCGGCCUUCAUGUCCUUCUAA